AUGCUUACACCGCCGGCUACGGGCGUCUCGUUCCGCCACGAUCUUCGUCUGCCUAACCAGCCGAUCCUGCCCUUUGACUCCUCCGCAGUGGUGCCAGACCAGCCGCUGCUGAUAUCACAACAAGUGCAAGAGCUCCAGCGUCUUUUUGGAGAAAACGAAAGCUUGAUUGACCGCAACAUCGAGGGGCUUGAAGCGCUCACACACAAAUGGGACCGAACUAAGUCGCAUACCCUUGACGAUACUCAGAAGACCCUCACCUCGAUCGAACACGAAUUGGAGGACAUGCUCGCUCAGCUAAAGGCCAAACCGACUCGUACCAGUACUCGUCGAUCCAGUCGGGCUCCGCCAAGACUACUGAAACGCGUCUCAAACUAUCUGGACCACAGCUAUCGUCAACCGUCCCCGGUGGACCUUGAACGAAGCAAAACGCUCGAUCUGACCUACGCGGCGUUGACCGCUGCUGAGGAUAGUUUCGACGUGCUGCAAUCAACCCCCAACGACCCGAUGGGUCCGUUAUACCGCUCGUUUGACCUCUCGCUGCCGAGAAUGAGCCCCGCUGUCCGCAAGCGACUCGACGGCAUCCUUGGCUCGAUGGACGAAGUGACGAAAGUGGUACCGCCGUCCCCAACGAACAACGAGGUGAUGACUGAGCUCGUGGGGUCAGUAAGUAACGUCAUCGAUGCGUUUAGCCUGUGA